CCCAUCUGAACACAAUGACGGGAUCUCUGUCGCUCUUUAGACUGACACUACAUGACUCGGGACAGUACAGCGUGAGCAUCACUACUGAGGGAGGGAGUGCAAGUGGAAGUGGAAGUGUCACACUUCAAGUGUUAGAUCCAGUUUCUGUACCCACAAUCCAGUCCAAUGUGACUAAUCCUGUAGAGUUCAAUGACACAGUGACUUUGACCUGCACAGCCUCUGGCUCAGACAUCUCUUGCUGGUGGUUCAAUGGCAGCUCAGAGGUGUCGGAUACUCAGAGGAUUCACUUGAGUGCUGAUAAGAGAACUCUAACGAUAUCAGGCGUGUUGAGAUCAGAUGAUGGGCCCUUCUACUGUUACGUGUAUAACCAUGUCAGUAACGGCACCAGCAAGCCCUUUAGCCUUAAUGUAAAAUCACAGUCCAAUCCUACUGCUCAGUUUCAAUGGUUCUUAAAUGGAAUUUCUCUUAACAAAAGAGGCCAGGAGCUCGAAAUAAGGAACAUUCAGGUGGAUCAGGCGGGUAACUACACAUGUUGGGCUUUCAAUGAUGUUACACUCAGGUAUGCUGCUGUCCACAAAGUGAUUGAUGUCAUAGAACCUGUCUCUGAUGUUGAAAUAAGACCCAGCCCGCCAGAGCCUAUUAAAAAUCACACCUUCUCUUUGACUUGUGAGGCAGCACACACUCAGUCCUUUCUCUGGCUUAAAGAUGGUAAACCUCUUGUCUUUAAUGGUAGAAUAUCAUUGACAGAAAAUGAUCAGACGGUGUUCUUCCAGCAGGUAUUGCACUCAGAUGAGGGUGUUUAUCAAUGCACAGCAUCUAACAUGGUCAGUAAUAUGGCCAGCAAAGGAUUCACGCUGAUACUCAACACACCUUUACCAGGAGCAGUUUUCACAACAGAAAAACUAGCUGGAAUGAUCAUCGGUUCAUUUCUAGGAGGAGUUCUUCUAGCAGUGAUUGCAUUUCUUGUUGCAAACAGCAUUAGGAGGGGCCCACUUUGCAGAAAAGUUUCAAAUAUUAAAGCAGACAUUAACGAGAGCCCAUCCAGCACUUAUGAAAAUGUGCUCAACACAAAUAGAAUGUUUUAA